AUGUCCACGACGUAUCGGAAUGUACGACCUUUGCAGACCGCGUUCAUGUCAAGUGGUCUCGUGUCGAAGCGGCGACGAAGUUUCUUGCCUGAACUUCAAACAUAUUCAAGAGAGAGUAUGCACACAGGUGAUGAGUCUUCGCAAUGCAUGGAGUCAAUGCGAUCUGCGCCCUCUCUUGCCUCCCUUAGUAUGGACUCUCAUCAGUCGCACCUUCCGCGCCAUACUCACGCGUUCCACCACGCCUCACAUCAACCGCGUCCUUUACGUGAGGUUGUAGAGGCCGCUAUGGCGGACCGAUCAUUUAAUGUGUCGCGCAGGCCUGCCGCUGCUGUGAUGCCUGACACGCCAAUGAAGCCAUCAGCUGGGAUGACGGAAGUAGCAAAGUCAGCACGCAUGCAUCGUCGUGGCUGCUCGAUGGGCGGUGCGAUCCCGUCUAUGUCGCCACUGUUUGCCACAAUGCCGAAAUCACCUCCAGCACCGUUUAGCGGGUUUACCAGCACUACCGCAAGCAAAGCAACCACGUCGAACACUCGGCAUCUAGGGCGGCGCGCGGGUCACAUGCGGUCUGCGAGUGAACGAAUCCCUGGCACACGGAACCAUUUGUAUUUCAACGACAUACCCGUUCGUCCCGCUGUCGCAGAUCCUGAUGAUGUGUUCGAGUCGCCCAGUGAAUCUCCGAUCCGGCCUUCAAUAAGGCAAGGGCCAGCAGUGGCGGAGUCACUGUCGGAUUCGCUCCCAGCGAUCCGCCGCGACCAUUCACAUACACGCGCGCCUAGUGCGCGAACCUCGCGCGUGCUUCCUGUGUGUCCUUUGAAUAUACCAAGCGACCGGUCUAAUGACAAGCUGAUACCACGACCAGCCUCACCGCUCGAAGAUGCGCCUAUGCAGGACAGUGCACCUUCCUCGAUGGACUCACCGAACAAUGUGUUUGCCCGAAGACAGCCGCUUCUUUCAGCGGCUCGUACGAGGCCUAGCAUACAUGUCGCUAUGCAUGACGAUGGAUCAGAUCCUGAUUCUAACUCGGUGGGUGAUUCGCCGUAUCGGCACGAGGACACAUGGAUUGAGAGUACACCCACAAUGGCGCGUGUUGCUAUGCCUCGCUGUGGAACUUCGGACGUGCCCUUAUUGUGUACGCAGCCGGACCUGUUGAACUCGCCCAACACACCGACACGCGAUGGUUUCAAAUGGUACGAAGCGACGCGAUCGCCUGAAGCGCAGCCCGUGCCCAAAGGCACUGGCGCUGGAAAGAUGCGCCCACGACACUCGCAGCCCACGUACAUGCACACGCCGCCGACUCGUGCGGAGAGUACAAAGCCUGUGCAUAGUGCGCCCGCAGGACGCUAUCGCCCGUCUCGUACGAGCCAGUUUGAAGAGCACUUUGCUGUCGAGGGCGUGCUAGGCACGGGUGAGUUUAGUGAAGUUAUCAAAGUUCGCGAGAAGGCAACGGGGUAUCUGUCAGCUGUGAAACGAAUGAAGCGGCCAUUCCUGGGCCCCAAGGACCGUGUCCGGCGAUUAGAAGAAGUUGAUGCAUUGCGUCUUCUCAAGGAACAGCGAGCAAGCUGGCGCGAUCCUUGGUUCGGAGCUGAAGGUGUUAUGGAUCUACUUGAUGCGUGGGAGGAAGACGGCUACUUGUAUCUGCAGACAGAACUAUGUCCAUUGGGCUCGCUAGCCUUUGUGUUGGCCGAGUAUGGGCGGCAGGUCGGUGCGCUUGAUGAGGCACGGUUAUGGAAGAUCCUCGCCGAGCUUUCGGCCGGCGUGUAUUUUAUACAUCAGUGUGGUGUGCUGCACCUGGAUUUAAAGCCUGCGAAUAUCCUCAUCACUGAGGUCGGCACACUCAAAAUUUCUGACUUUGGCAUGGCUACGCGAUGGCCUCGGUGUACAGCGCAGGAAAUUCUCGCUGGCUCGCAUCUCGCGACUCAUAACAAUGCAUCCGGACCAUCAAUGAACGAUGCAUCAGACACAUCUUUCUCGCCCAUUCAGAGCCAUGGUCCUUUUGCUUUGUCCGGCGCGACAGUCACCGACUCACCGGCAUUUAGCCAGACCAAUAUUCAUGCAACGGUACAUCGCCCACGCCGCCGGCCAACACGAAUUCAGCGUCGACCAAGUCCUGUGCUUGUGCUGGAGCGAGAAGGCGAUCGCGAGUACAUUGCCCCUGAGGUGAUUUUCGAUUCCAAGUAUGGCAAACCUGCCGAUAUUUUUAGCCUGGGCUUGGUUCUUCUCGAGGCAGCGUGUAGCGUCGAGAUACCGGAUAACGGAGCGCCCUGGCACAAACUGCGAUGUAACGACUUUUCAGACGUGAGCUUUGAUGCUAUCAGUCCGGCUCUGCAGGGCAUCAUUACGUCCAUGCUUUGCGCAGAGCCGUCAGCUCGUCCGACAGCCGCUGAGCUUGUCGACAUGCCCGUCCUUGAGACUGUGCGUCAGCUGAUGCGUCGAGGAUUGAGUGCAGAUGAGCUAGAUCAACUUCCAUCGCAUUCGUCCAGACCAUCCGCGCCUGCUCCAUACCCAUUGCCGCCGUCCAAGUAUUACGAGGCACCACACACAGGCUCUCUCGAUGCUAAUCGAAUGGUCGUCAAGAUCCGUGGCGCUCUGAUCCAGGAAAAUGAGUCGACCUUUCUCGCAGAAGUGUUGCAAGUUGCUGAUGCUCGCGAUACGUCCUCGCCCGACACAUCCACCUCGCUGAUGACAGAAGACUCUCAUUAUCAACAUCCGUCGUCUUCGCAGAAUCUACAUGCGGCGCAUCAUCCUUCCUCUUCUUGUACACACAUGUCCCCCAGAGUCGUUCCUGUCUGUUCCUCGACCAUUUUAGACCCAGCAACCUGCUUCCAAGAUCACGUCGCAUCCAGUAUGGACAUUGACAAGCCCUUUUCCGUGAAUUCAUGA